AUGAGACCACCACUAAGCUACAUCCCACGUCUGUACGCGCCUCUCCGACUUCACAUCCGCCAAUCAGUCGGACUGUCACCCGCGCUGACCGCCGCCACCGCGACGACGUCGAGGUUGACGUUCAACAGCAGCAUGAGCACAUCAUCGGGCCCUCAGGCGACGACAAAGUCGACCGCUGCUACGGGAGCAUCAACCCAGGAGGCGGGAGCUGCACGGCAAGGUGAAGGUGAAGGGAGGAACCUGAACAGUAGCCACCGAGAGCACCACCCCACGGAAAGCACGUCACCGGCCCCUAAAAAAACGACAUCCAACGCCCCCGCGGAGGCCAGUCCCAACGCCAGUGGCGCCGAUUCUAGCCAGCGCCAGCCUCACUCCCAGGGCGACGAUCAGGGCCUUGCUGAUGCUCAGCGGCAGGAUGGACCCCUGGCUUUGCCGCCGCUGCCCGAGACCUCGUCGUCGUCUGCUGCAGGCGGGAGUCCCGAGGGAGGAGACAACAAGAGCAACAGCGGCAGCGGCAGUGGCAGCAACACCAUCACGCUCGACAUGAGCGGCGGCGACGGCGCCUCGACCAAGCUGGACCACCUGGGCCCCCUGGUCGUCAACCAGGACGGCACCAUGUCACGAAUCAGCAACUGGGGCGAGAUGACGGAAAUUGAGAGGCGCAACACGGUGAGGAUCUUGGGUAAGAGGAACCAGCUUCGUCUUGCUGGGCUCAGGGGGGAGAAGAACGGGGCCGAGGCUGAGAAGUGA